CGUCAUCGAGCAGCUGAUAACACAUAGGAUCAACAUUCUGGUAUCGGUUGAAGAGUGUUCGCACAAAUUUAGAUCAAAACAUCGUGGUGUUUAUCUAAUGCUAAGACCCUGUAGAUCAUAAAACAUGACCAACACMUCCCCUACUGUGGACAAAUUGUCAUGGGGCAAAAUGCACGUGGGUGAUCAAGUGUACAAGGACUGUAAACUGUGGCCAGGAGGUAGCAGAGAAUGGGAUUGGAAUGAGACAGGAACUAAGCACAGUCCAGGGGUACAGCCAGAUGAUGUCAAAGAAAUCCUGUCCAAAGGCAUUGAUACCUUGAUAAUCAGCCAAGGAAWGCAGGGCGUACUUCAGGUGCCGCAAACAACUGUAGAUUAUGCUAAAGCAAAAGGAACACAAGUCCAUGUUUGCUUAACAGAACAGGCUGUAGAGAAAUAUAAUGAACUGGCUUUAAAGGGUACAAGGAUUGGUGGGAUAUUCCACUCAACCUGUUGAAGGAAUGACUAAUUUAAGCUGGCAUUUCACUUUGUUGUUCUGAAGUUAUAGGACUUUAUUAAUCGACACACUCAAUAGACCCCAGGCAUCACGUUGGAAUGCAGCUCAAUUUUGAGGACAUAUAGGUUUCUAAUUCUUUUGAAAUUUGAAAUUCUUUUGUUUUGUCCUCCAAAUUGAGCUGCUUACAACCAUUUUUCGAUUGCAAGUCAAAGCGAUAAUACAAAGUCGGUAAGUGGGUACCUUUUUUUUAAUGUCGUCAGCUCUAGGAAAUUUUCUCGUUUUCCAUUGUGCAACUCAUGUUAGUGGUUUGAGUCUAGGGUUUUCAAGUUUGCUUGGCUAUCUUCAGCCAUAUAAUUUUAUUCAUUAAGCUGUAUUUUUUCUUGAAAAAAUUUGGCCACUUUCAUUCGUAAAAUUAUCAAGCUGUAAUACACAACAAUAUAUGUACCAAAUAUAUGGGUAAUUGUGUACUUCGUGACCAGCCGACACGUCAGUCAACUAUCACGUGACUGUUCGUCCACAGUCACUCGACUGUCGGCCGUGUGUUGACUGUGUAUUAAUUGGCCAACCAUUAGCUCUGUGUUGACUUAGUGUUGGCCAACUGUCGGCCGUGUGUUGACUGUGUAUUAAUUGGCCGACCAUUAGCUCUGUGUUGACUUAGUGUUGGCCAACUGUYGGCCGUGUGUUGACUGUGUAUUAAUUGGCCGACCAUUAGCUCUGUGUUGACCUAGUGUUGGCCGACUGUCGGCCGUGUGUUGACCGUGUAUUAAUUGGCCAACCAUUGGCUGUGUGUAGACCUAGCGUUGGCCGACUAUCGGCUGUGUGUUGACCGUGUAUUAAUUGGCUGACAAUUGGCCGUGUGUUGACCGAGCGAUGGCCGACUAUCGGCUGUGYGUUGGCCAUGUAUUAAUUGGCUGACCAUCGCCCGUGUAUUGAGCAAUGUUCGGCUAAUGAAUGGUCGACAGUUUCAACAAUGUCAACCAACAGUCGGGCAAUAGUCCACUGGUCAUAAAGUAUACACCAUUACCCAAUGCAUGGUUCACUGUCUUCAUGAUUUUUAUGUCUCCAGACUGAACUACCCGACCUAAACUUAUACCCUACUAAUAUGUAAUAAAUAGUACUAGUUAUCAAUAUUAUUCAUCCCAUCCAUGGUGUAACAUUACCUUUSAAUGAUAAACUAUGAAAUAUAUAUUAUUAUUACAAAUUAGUCUUUUGGAUUUAGGCUUUUUUAAUAUUGAUGAACGCACAAAAUUAAAAUCGAUAUGGCGGCAUUAAUUCAAUUUCUUCAUUUAGAUUCUAAUAUUAUUACUAUGUUAUUGGUUCAUUAUUCAAUAUUAGUAUUAUUACAUACCUUAGAUAGCUAGUACAACGGUACCAGUACGAGUGCUCUGGUUGGUCAAUAACUGUGAUAUAUUAGUGAAUGGAGCACAGCAAACUUUGCAAAGAAUAUUUUAAGAAAACAGCAUUCAAAAACUAACAAAGGGUUUUCCUUUUUAAUAAAACAAUAAGAACAGCUUUUUUUCAUGCUUUGUUAAGUAAUAUAGCACACAGGAAGUGCUGAAAGCGUGAGAAGCUUUCAUCUACGUCUGUUUGGCUUGUACUUCUUUCCAUACUUCUUUAACUCACUUCCUGCAGGCUGUAUUACUGAACAGAGCUGUAAAUUAAAAGCUGUUUCGAGUUCCAAAUAACAGCUGUGUUUAUUGAUUACAGACUCUGCUCAGGGUUAGCCUGGAAUCAGUGUCUUAAUAUCCAGAAAUACCAAUGGUAAAGUAAAGAAUGCACAACUUCAACAAUACCCUCACUGGAAAACAUGAAUAUCUUAGACACAAAAUCAAGGCUUACCCGGAGCAACAGAGCACUCAAAACCAGAAGUAUUAAUUAUUUUUUAAGUAUAGAAUGAAAAAAAUCUUUUUUACUUUUUAGUUUUUACUAUUUGUUCUUGUGUUUUUAAUCUGCCAGGAAUAAACYCUUAAGUUUAUAUGACACAAAAAUAAGUACACAUUGAAAAAGUUGAUGCAAAAUCCAUCCCAGUACAAAUAGUCUAAAUGGCACAUACAUACCCAAGCCAACCCAUUACUACAUGUACAGUGUAGCUCAUAGCUGAUACACCCCCCCUAGUGGAUUUUUACAUACAGCCAACAGAGUAUAUCUUAAGGUACUGUACCCUUUAGUAUUAAUUAACAAUUAUUCGCCAAAGGCGAAGUGAAUAUCGGGGAAUAUUUACCGAGAUGCGAGUCUUCAAGCGGCAAGGUAAAUAUUCCCCAAUAAUCACAAAUGAGGCAAAUAAU